UCACGUGACAGAGUGAAGUGCGCGCGCGUUCGUUUCGGCGAGCGCCCGAAAGAUGGCGCGGCUCGAUCGCGCGACGGCGGCUAGCUUCAAACACCUGACGGCGGCGUAGCAGUGCAGCAUGGACUAGUGCGGUGGGCGCACACUUCUUUCAAAACAGUAGCACGCGCUACCGGCUGACAGCUACGGUAAUCUCCCCUCCCUUCUUCCCUCGUCCUUCUCCUGCCCUCGUGUCUUCGAUCGUGUUGUCGUGUGCUCCGCGCGAAUCCGAAGAAACAAAAAAAAUAGUGCGGUUAUUAAUAAGUGACGUUCGUCGCGAUUCUUCAUCCGAGCAGCGGCUAAGUUCACAUGGAGCACCGACGCCGAACGACGUCGACGUUCGCGCCGUUUCGAAGUCGUCGACAUUUCGAGGUCGUCGCAGUUUCGUUUUCGUCUUUCGGUCGAGAGAUUCUCGGAUAAAAAGUAUCGCGCGCGAAAAGUGAAUUCGAUAACACCGGAUUCAGUGAAUCGAGGAAAAUGUGAUCGCGACACGACGCGCGGUGACCGCGGUGCGACGACCCCGGGCUCGGGAGUGCGGAAAAGUGUUCGAAAAGUGUGUUUAUUGAAAAAUGACUUUCAUCGGCCGGACAUCGGUGAGGACAGUGUUCCUGACGUCGUUGCUGCUGACUUCCGCGGUGCUGCUGGUGCUGGCGCGCGCCGAGGAUGUCGCGACCUUGGAGUACAACCUGGAAUCGCUUCCGGUGUCCAGUGAGCAGCGGUCGCGUUCUGCUAAAGACGCGUCGGCCGCAGAUCAUCGUCAAGGACGCGCAUCCUUACACGCGGAGUUGUCGUCGAAAGCUAAACGUGAACAGGCGCUACGUAGCAUCCUGGCUGCCAGGAGGCGACAGAUCCUGAGUCAGCGCUCUCACGAGCCAUCUCGGAUUUUUGUAAAUCGUACUCCGCGACCCGACACCACGUCGAAAGAUCCUCCGGAUAUUUUCGAAACCCAGGAGACCAAGCACAGUGUUUACGUUACUAACGCGCAAACGGAAGCGUCGAUGAACGAGGAGACUUCGCAAUCGUCGAGGAAAAGCAUCGAGAAAAAAAUCGAUCUCGAUUCUACGGAACUAGAAAUCGAGCAGCAGACGCCGAAGAUGUCCAAGGACGAAGCUACGUCGACGUCGACGACCGAGGACGACGAGGGCGCUUCUUCAACCUCGUCUUCCGCCAAUCAAAUGGGAGACGCGGAUUCGCGCAAAAAGAACAUCGUCUCGAUGCCGGAGUCUCUGUACAAACAUUUUCGACCGGUGGAGAGCAACAUCCCGAUGGAGGAUAUGUCGCAGUUCCUUUACUUUGGGCAGAAGCUCCAACCGGACGCGCAGAACGUCACCAGCAACAGCAACAACAACUCCGUCGAGAUGACGUCGACGGUGCCAACCUCAUCGCGUCGGAGAUACGCCUCCAAGAGAUUCAGCGCGACCCUAGCCGCGCCGAUCGAGGAGAUCAUGAACGACGAGAUGAAUAUCGCCUUGGAACGUCGGACGGUCGAGAAAAAUCAGGUUUCACGGAUCAAGAACACGUUCAGAAGCCCGGGUAGUGGACUCUACUACCGGAAGCCGAGACCCACGGCGGAUGUCGUGUCCAACGUCAUCUCGGGGAACGAGUCCAGCUCGGUAGCCGGACCGGAUACGAGAACCGAGAUGAACAUGGUGGACGACAAGCUCCGUCGUGCCGAUCCGUCCACCCGGAACUCGAGGGAGAGAGGAAAUGACGCUACCCACGUGACCCAGGUAAGCACGACGACCCAGGUACCGCGUCAGCGCGACGACGACGACGAAACUGACGUCGCGGAGAGUGAAAUCGACGUGAAACUGUCAAACGACACCGUCCCGAGUCUCGAGAAAAUGACCAACGAUUUUGCGAAGGACGACGACUCGAAGGGAGUCAUCGCAGUGGAAGAGACUAAAUCGGAGGACAAGCUGACGAACGUCGUCGAGAGAGUAGUAAUCUCCACGUCGCCCAGAACGGAAUCGUCGUCGCUGCGAAUCGUGGUGCCGGACGGCGUCUCGAGUUUCGCGAUGGAGAACGAGCGGGCUGAAGAAAAUCCCGUUAAACAGCAACCGGUCUCCGCGAAUCGACCGGUUGUUCGCGUGUCGAUCGACGAAGACAAUAUCGCUCUGACGUCGACGGCAUCGUCGACCUCUUCGACGACGGAGUCGUCCGCACCUGUCGUCGUCGUCGUGGACUCGAAUAAUCAGCAGCAGCCGGCGCAGCUGCAACACGUGUACGCUUACACGAUAACGAACGUGACGCGAUUGUUGCGCAACUACACCGGGCCCGGGUUAAACGGCGAGGAGAGGCGUGGUGGGGAGGAGGAAGAAGGUGGUGGUCGUCCUGCUGGUAGCGGUGCUGAGAUAACGAGCGAUGGACCGUCGCAGCAGCAGCAGUCCUCUCCUCUUCUGCUUCCUCGUGUCAGCGCUGCCAGUAUAGAAUCGGCGCGAACGCCGGCGGGACUCAGUACCGGCGCGACCGUCGAGCCAGCCGGAUCGUCGUCCACUGUUGAUAGCUUAGUGGGGGAACGAGCGAGGAAAGUCGUCGUCCCGCAGCAACGCGCGUCCAGUCAACGAGCGAACGACAGCGUUAUCGUCUCCACGACCGCGAGACCCGCCAAGUCAUCCGCCGAGGUCGGAAAUAGGGGAUCGGUCAGGUGGUACCAGCUCAAAUCGCGCAGCAGCGAGCAAGAGGGUGCUAAUGACCGGAGGUUCUUGAGGAAGAGCGCGAGCGCGGUGCUGAAUCAGAGAUCGACCAUCAACGAGGAGCCUUCGUCCCUGGCGACGAGCAAGCGUCGCAGGAUAUCGGCUUCUCAGACCGGCCAGUCUUCCACGAGUAAUGGUACCAGGUGGGCGAAUUCCUCCAGUGAUCGAGGGAAGAUCGAGAGCGCCACGGUGGACGAUCGUUCGCUGAACGAAACGAUUGCGAGUCGCGGCGACGUCGAGGACGAUGAGGUGCAUCUGGCUUCUCCUCGGGAAAUCGCGCGUGUCAGCAGCGAGGUGAACCAAGUGCCGAAGACGAUCACCAUGGGGAACUUGGACCGAAAUUCCAGCGCGAUCGACGAGACGAUGAACGCGACCGAUCCGUCAGUUGUCGUCGACGCGACGACCAAGUCCGAUGUUCUCGAGGAGGAUGUCGUUAGCGCGCCCAGCGUGAACGACGAGGACAGUACCGGGAGUGACGAUUAUCAGAGUGUCACCAAGUUGAACCAGAGCAAUGACAGUGACGCGAAUGUAACGACGGACAGUGUGGUCGCGACGACGGUGAUGGUGACUGAGCGAAUCGACGAGAAGAUCUUGAAGACGACGACAUCGGCGCCACCGGUUUUCCCGGUCACGCCGAGGAUAUUGACGGAAGAGGAGAAGACCACGAUGGAUCCGAAAGCUUCUGUAGAGGCCGGAACGAAAGCGCCGGAGGCGAGCUACUUGGACCCUUCGGAGAUUCAAAAGAGGUAUCGGGCUAAAGACGCGACGACGUCAACCACGACGACAGUUCCGCCGAUUCGGAACGACACUCUUCUUCCUGUGGACGAUGCUUCCAGCAGAAAACCAGAGACUCUACCUACGUCGUCGACGCCCGCGGAGAACGGAAAACGCGUGUCAGGAGAGAGAUCGCCGGAAGUCCGAGCGCGUAAUCUGUCGGACAAAUCGAAGGAUAAGGACGACGUGCUGCCGAUCAUGCAUCUGUACAACACGUCGGACAUCUUCAACGGCAGCAGACCGGUUGACAGCUUCGUUCGCAGUACGGAACGAACGCGAGUGGAUCCGCAGGACGAAAAGAGUCCUACGACGACGACGGAGAAGACGAGUCCGUCGACGACGACUGUCAGCAGCACGACGGAAAUUAGUGCAAGUACGACGGUCACCGUUUCAGUUCCGAAGCCUAGAGAACCUACCGCGAGUACGACUUCGGCUUCGCGGAAAGAUAAACACGAGGAGAAUCGCGGCUCUCAGGACACGACAAUCCCUUCAACGACGUCUAGAGCUUCUUCUUUCGCACCUCCGGUCAACAGGACGAGGUACAGACCCGCCUAUCAUCACUCGAGCCUGCCGGAGUACAACGCCACGACGUACCAUCCCGCCUCCGAGUUCAACAGGACGUUCUUCGAAGUCGGCGGACCGAUCUCGGUGAGUCCGCGGGAGCCGAUGAACAUCACCGAGGUGAUAUCGAAGAGGCACGACGGCAACGCGAUCGCCACUCAGGAGACGGUCGCCGUGGUCAGCUACAUCCUGGCCACCCUCGUCGUUUUUCCUAUUGCCGUCGGUGUCGGGCUCAUUCUCAGAAGACUGAUACUUAGGAAUCGUAAGGUGCUCGAAGAAUCGGACACGUCAUCGGAGAUAAGCUGCAGGAAGGACGCUCUUAAUCUCGAAAACGGCGACUUUAAGACUUCUAUCGAGAAGGCGAUCACGAAGCUACCGAGGAUACAGCACUUGUGUCACGAAGCUGAGAAAUCGCCGCCUCCGCCGUCUCAGGAAUCCAGAUGGGAGUUUCCUAGAGAUAAGCUUAGGUUACAGACAGUUCUCGGACAAGGAAACUUCGGUCAGGUGUGGAAAGCCGAAGCCGAUGACUUGACAGGUCAUCAGGGCACGACUCGACUAGUGGCGGUGAAAACCAUCAAGGAAGGCGCUUCCGAUCGCGAAAAGGAAGACUUGGAUCGAGAACUGGAAAUUAUGAAACAAUUAGGUAGUCAUCCGAAUGUCGUAACACUUUUGGGCUGCUGCACCGAGGAAGAGCCUCAUUAUCUCAUACUGGAGUACGUCAUGUACGGCAAGUUGCUCGCGUAUUUGCGCGAUCACCGUACAAGGCAGUACUUCUACAACUUCAGCGAAGACUCGGCAGCCUUGACAUCCAGAGAUCUCACGGUUUUUGGAUAUUGCGUGGCCAGAGGCAUGGAAUACCUCGCGUCGAAGAAGAUCAUCCAUCGCGACCUCGCCGCCCGAAAUGUCCUCGUGGAUCACAACAAGCUGUGCAAGAUCGCCGACUUCGGCAUGUCGAGGUUCGCCAACGAGGACGGCGAGGUGAUCGAGACCAGACACGGGAGGAACGCAUUGCCGAUUCGAUGGAUGGCUCCCGAAUCCUUGAUCUACUCCCUUUUCACGACGAAGACCGACGUCUGGAGCUUCGGGAUUCUGAUGUGGGAGAUCGUCACUCUAGGUUCAACACCGUACCCGGAUAUGACGGCGCGGGAAGUCAUGCGGAACGUGCACAACGGUUAUCGUCUGGAGAGGCCUUCGCACUGUCGAAGCGAGCUCUUCAGGGUGAUAUCCCGAUGUUGGCACGCCGAUCCUGACCGCAGGCCGGAAUUCCAGACCCUACGCAGGGAUCUCGCUCAGCUACUGGAGGACAACAUGAAUGGACACUACGUGGACCUCGAGAGUUUCGCUUCCGAGUGCACUGACUGAGAGAAAAGAGGAAGAAGAGGAAGAGAGCGGAAAAAACCGGACACGUCGGAUUAUUUUAAACCGCAUUGGGAGAUCAGAAGAUAGAUCAGAAGAUUUGUUUGACCAAAGUCAAUCUUCGAAAGCCACUUUCCUUUGUGGGAAAUAGAAUAAAACUGAGAUUAUUUUUAGAUAAAAAAUCGAAUUUUCGAGAAAUAUGAAAUGUCUUACAUUUAAUUGUUUUUGACUUUUAAAAUUUGCCAAAAUAUUUUAUAUGAAAUGUAUUCGUAUAUUCGACACAUGAAAUAAGCGAAAUACGUAUGGAAAAAAUUUUCUACUUGCCAGUUGAGGAAUGAGGAUAAAAUAUCAGUUAAAUUGAAAUGAUUCGAUAUACGUGUAAGAAUGACAUUCCGUCCACAAAUUUCGUCCAAUGUGUUUUGCACGAUCCUCGAUGUAAAAUAUGAUUACGCGAUAUGCGGUAUAUUUUGUAUUUAGACACGAAUCUUUCUCGUUAGAUGCUUCUACGAUAUGUUGAAGCAUAUGUAUAAUUAAUUAUGCGAUUUUUCUCCGCUGAAGCACAUGCAGGACGCAGAACGCAAAACAAUGUAACACGCGUGAUGCUGUGAUAAAUGACGAAAAUUAAAAAAAAAUAUAUAAGAGAUACUAUAAAGCGCAACGGGAAUUUAUAAAGACCGAUAAAGUGUGUAAGUAUUUUAUUUAGUAUAGUAUUGCAUAAGUAGUACCCUUAAUUAGUUACACGACGCGCCAUUUGUCAGUUCUUCGACAUAUUUGCAUCUUCUUAAUUUAUGAAUGAAAUGUGUUUUAUUGAACGGAAAUUAGUGCAUACAUAUAUAUAUAUAUAUAUAUAUUCGCACGAACUUGGAAGAUUAUGUUAUUGCGUAAUAUUCAAUAUAAAUUAUUUUUCAAACUUAUCAUAGAGAAAAGAAUCAUAAAGAAAAGAAUUGUAAUGUUUUUUGUAAAAUAAGCAUAUAUUACUUUUUAUAUAAGUUUGCCUUGAUACUUAUUUAUUAUUUUGAAUCAUAAUUACUCAUUUAAAUUGCAGAAUUUUAGCAGAAGAAUUUAGUCUUUAAACUUAAUUCUCCUUAUUACAUUUUGAAAAUACAACGAGAUUCUGCGUCGUAACAUUUGUAUAUAUUGUAUUCCUCGCGCUAUUAUAUAUAAAUACAAGCAUUAUAUAUUCGCCGGAAAUCAAAAAGGAUGUCGAAUCGCAUCAUACCGUUGUAACAUUGUAACAAUAAUUAUCACUAUUAAUCGUUGUUGAAGGUAUAUAUAUCUUAUGUUUCCAAUCGCGCCCGGCGCGUUUAUUCUUAAUCAUUCUAGUCUUUCGCGACGCGUUCUGGGGCGACGAUUGGUUAUUGAUUAUAUCGCACGCCAUUAUUUUUAUUCUCCGCUUCGAUGAACGGUGCGAAUUCGCUCAAAAAAUUGCGAUAUCAGCGAUAUAUUAAAAAAAUUAUAUCAUAGCCACACUUUCGAGAACCGAUUAAAGCCCCACCACUGUCAGUUGAUUAUUUUAUUAGGUAUUUUUAUCUUACUGUCUCUUUACUGCGAUGUCGUUUCUACUCUUUGAAAUGACUCGUCUGUCGUUAUAACUCGAAACCAUCGAGUAUAUUGCAUUUCAGGCGUUAUUCUCGCGAAAAAAUAAUUGCGACCGACAACUCUGUAUGUAGACUCGAUUGUAUUAAGAAUUUUUGUCAGUAAACGUUGUGAAAAAAAU